UAGGCCUACUUGACAACCAACACCCAUAAGAUAAUUUAAUAUACUUGUAUUAAUUCUCAUCCUCUAUCUGUGAAAGCAUAUGAUUUCAACGUCCUGACGACCUGAAUUUUGACAGCAUCACGUCAUUCAUUUCACUCCAGUUUAUAAAUUGGCGUAUUCUUCCUGUAGGAGGCGCCUUCGUGAAAACCAAUGAUAAAUUCAUGAUUUUAUGGGGAGUUUCACACGGUCCUGGGGUUUGCUGUCGCAGUUGCUGCUAUUUCAUUUCAUAUUGACAAGCAACAUGAAGCAUAUUUUCUUAUUAAUUUGCAUACGUAUGUUCGUUGGUUGUGGCGGUGAUGUUAUAAGAACAAGGAAAGUGUCUUCAGUUUUCUGUACUUUCAAAGAGAAAACGUACAGUCCAGGAGACAGCUGGCAUCCUUAUCUGGAACCCUUUGGAUUCAUGUUUUGUAUGCGCUGUUCCUGCACUAAGACAGGCCAUGUGAAAUGUAACACAAUUAAGUGUCCUACUCUGCAGUGUGAGAACCCAGUGACUGACUCUGAGCAGUGCUGCCCUCGCUGUACAGAUGAGCCUAGGAUUCCAGCUGGCCUGAGAGCACCGGUGAAGUCCUGCAAGUAUAAUGGAACUAUCUACCAACCGGGGGACACCUUUGCCAACCACAACCUCUUCCCAUCUCGCCAAACCAGCCAGUGUGUCAUGUGUACAUGUUCUAAUGGAAAUAUCUUCUGUGCUCUGAAAACUUGCCAGCCACUGACCUGCUCCUCGCCAUUCUCAAUCCCAGAUACCUGCUGUCUAGUGUGCAAAGAUGGCGACAUUAAUGGGUACACAUCAGUGGAGCAUAGAGGCCAACAGCUGAACCGAGGCGUUAGGCAUUCAUUGGACCAGUGUGCUGGAGAGCAGCUCCAAGGGCGCUCUGUCCGUUCUACUCCAUCCACUGUCAGGGGUACUCCCAGAGGCCUGAGCCUGCCCAAACUCCACUUCAAAGGUGCUGCAGAGACCACCGUGAAUUUCCUGCUGCAGAAAAACCACCAGAAGGCAUGCCAAUACAGCGGCAAGACCUACUCUCAUGGUGAUGUGUGGCACCCAGUCCUGGGGAAGGUCCUGGAGUGCAUCCUGUGUACCUGUAAGGAUGGCAUGCAGGACUGCAAACGCCUCACAUGUCCCAGCCAGUAUCCAUGCCAACAUCCCAUGAAAACCGAGGGGAAGUGCUGCAAGAUUUGUCCAGAACUUAAAGCUGAGAGCAACGGGACUGACUGUUACAUGAACACGAAUCUUGGACAUGACCAUAACAAACUCUCGGUGUACAAAGUUAAGCCGCCGUCAAAGGAUCAGACCGAGGACACCGUUAGGAUAAUUGCUAUUGAAAGUCAAGGGACUGCUGAAGUUGAAGUGCAAGUAUGGAAGACUGUAGGAGGAGUUUUACAAUUAAUGGAAACGGGAGAAGUUCUGAAGAAAGAUCUUCUAGAUAAUCCAGAUAACUACACCUUACUGGCAACAUUAGAUGAAGAGACUUGGAAAAGAUUCAACGAGGAAGAAGACAAUCAGAAGAGAUUUCCCAAUCCCAGGACCUGUGAGAAUGGGAUCAGGGAGGUAGUGGAGUUCUUGUGUCCAGACCAGCUGUGCUCAUCUUAACUUUCAUUCUCUGACUUUGAAGUUACAUAUUUACUACAGAGGACAUCGGUGGAAAAUGCACAGCAUUCAUAUCUAUUUCAUUAAACAUGAAGCAAAGCAUUGCUUAUUGGUUAGAGAAUAACAAGCUUUUGUUUCUUUUUAAACGUCAACAUAACUCCUAACAAUGUGAUGUCCCAUAUUCUCAGUAACAACAUUGUUGGUAGCAUUUUGGUAGUAGAAGACACAAAAAUAGGGGAGAAAAUGCUUUAAAUUCAUCAGUUAUCUCAUUUUUGUUUUAUUGCAUGCUGGAAUACAGUAAAUCUGGUAUUAUCUAAAAAUACAGGUGUACAUGUAUAUAUUAGAAAAAUACUGCCAACUGGUCAUAGCAUGUUUUUAUAGAGUAGACUAUUUUCACAAUCACUUUACUCUUCUGCUAAAUACUGCUGUUUGAAACCAUAUGCCUUUUCUGAAUGUACCAAGAAAUAUUAAUCAGCAUAUUUAUUGUAAAUACAAAUGUUAACAUAUGUAAUUUUGGCAGAGCGUAUAAUAUUGGUUUGUUUGAUAUGUUUGUACAUUAUGUAUACAUUUGAGUGUGUACUGGAAGGUCCUUGUCUUGCUUUAGCUCAUUGGGCUAUACACUAGUGAAUUCUGCAGAAAAUGUGGGUUUGUUAUCUAUGCAUUGGUAUUGCCCUGAAAAAGUGUUCGUAUGUAUUCUUUCAUGAGAGUGGUUACUUUGGUUUGGGGAAACCACUUUCCAUUAUGUUCUCUGAUAUAUUUGUCAUUAUGUUAGGUCAGUUUUCUACAGGCGAAUUUUCCGUAUGAUUCUGUGCGAUUUCGGUGCUUGAUGUACGUCUUUCCCUUUUGCACAGUUGCGAGGCGUUCUCGCACGUAACGACGAGGCUAAAAGUUAUGAUAUUGUUGAGCUCUACCUGUGGUUAGAAUUCCAGCGCAAGACGGACUGUUGUUUCUCCUUUGACUAUCCUCCAGUGAACACAGUCGACCAGGAGGAUUUCGGCUUUAUAAAUUGUGCCUGUAAUUUGGCUUUGUUCUCCAGUGUUAUAGUUUGUUUUCUCAAGGGUUAUAAUGCCCUAACGGAGAUGAGCACAACAAUAGAGCACUGUUCAUUUGAUUUGAUAUAUAUAUAUAUGUAUGUAAGUCAGGAGUUGGAAGGACACCAACAUUUUUCCAAUAAAGAGAACUGAAGAAGAGAUGUCUCUGAGAGGAAUUAUAUUGAAAAAUAAGAAUAAUAUUGCUGGAGGCCCCAGUCUUUUG